CGAGACCACUCAAGACCACCAGUUUGAUUUCACCCACGCUCCGGGCCUGAAAAAUGGAACGGGUCAGUCACAUAAAUAUCGCAAUGGUGGAAGACAGAGGCACCAACGGCACACGCAGCCGGCCCGAUGUGCAGACAGCCACAGAGCACGACCUGAAGCCUUGUGGUUCCACCGUGAGCUUCCACAGCCUCCAGUACAAGGUGCAAGUGAAGAGCGCCCCCUUGUGCAAGCGCAAGACAGCCAGCCGGCAAAUCCUACAUGAACUCAAUGGGGUGAUGAAACCAGGUCUGAAUGCCAUUCUUGGUCCUACUGGUAGUGGCAAGUCUUCAUUCUUGGAUAUUUUAGCAGCAAGGAAAGAUCCCGCUGGGCUCUCUGGGGAAGUUCUUAUUGAUGGAGCACCACAGCCUCCAAAUUUUAAGUGUCUCUCUGGAUAUGUAGUGCAGGAGGAUGUUGUUAUGGGGACCUUAACCGUGAAAGAAAAUCUGUGCUUUUCUGCAGCUCUCCGACUGCCCAUAUCUGUCCCACAAAGUGAGAAAGAGGCUCGGGUUAAUCACCUCAUCAAAGAUCUGGGUCUCACAAAAGUUGCAGAUACUAUGGUGGGCAGUCCAAUGUCCAGGGGGAUAUCAGGAGGUGAGAGGAAGAGAACAAGCAUCGGCAUGGAGCUGAUCAGUGACCCAUCAGUUCUUUUUUUGGAUGAACCAACCACUGGACUUGAUGCCAGCACAGCCAACUCUGUCCUUCUGAUGCUCAAGAGAAUGGCAAGUCAUGGAAGAACCAUCAUUAUGUCUAUUCAUCAGCCGCGCUACUCCAUCUACAGGCUGUUUGACACUCUCACUUUGUUGGUUAGCGGCAAAAUGGUGUACCACGGACCUGCGCCCAAUGCCCUGGACUAUUUUGCCAACAUUGGAUACCCAUGUGAGCCACACAAUAACCCAGCAGACUUCUUCUUGGAUGUCAUAAAUGGAGACUCUACAGCAACAACAAUGAUAAAACUGCAAGGGCCUGAAGAUUUGGACUUUGAAGAAUUGAGCGUGUCUAGGCAGAGUAUUGAGGAGCGCUUAGUGGAAGAAUACAGGAACAGCUGCUACUUCACUGACACACAGUGUGAACUUGAACGCAUUGUCCAGGACAAAAACUGCCAGUCGCGACCACUGUCUCACACCAUCACCUACAACAGCCCAUACCUCCACCAGCUGCACUGGGUGCUAAAGAGGACCUGGCAAAACCUCCUGUUAAACCCUCAGACAUCUGUGGCACAGCUGACUGUCAACAUUGUUCUGGCUUUAAUCGUGGGAGCCAUUUUCUACUCAGUCAAAGAUGACCAGAGUGGGAUCCAAAACAGGAUGGGUGCCCUUUUCUUCAUCACAACCAAUGAGUGUUUCAGCACAGUGACUGCAGCAGAGCUCUUCAUUACUGAAAGGAAAUUAUUUGUGCAUGAAUACAUUAGCGGAUACUACCAAGUGUCAGUCUACUUCCUGUCUAAGAUCUUUGCUGAUUUCAUUAUGCGCACCAUCACCUCUGUCAUCUUCAGCUGCAUUGUGUACUUCAUGAUUGGGUUCAAAUGCACAGUUGAAGCAUUCCUCAUCUUCACUCUGACAGUCACACUUGUGUCCUACACUGCCACUGCAUUGACUCUGGCCAUCGCUGCAGAUCAAAGCGUGGUGGCUCUGGCAAGCCUCCUCAUGACCAUAACAUUUGUUUUCAUGAUGAUUUUCUCAGGGCUCCUGGUAAACCUCCCAAGCAUCGUGGACUGGCUGUCAUGGCUCAAGUACUUCAGCAUUCCUCGCUACGGUCUUGCAGCCUUAGAGGUCAAUGAGUUUUUAGGUUUAAAAUUCUGUGAGGAAGAUUUAAUUGAAACCAUGGCAACCAUCAGAAUAAACAGCACAGUGAGCCUGAAUGGCCUGAUGUGUACAGGUGAGCAGUAUCUGGAUUACCUGGGCAUUGAAUACACUGCCUGGGGACUGUGGAAGAAUCAUCUGGCUCUGGCUAUAAUGAUGAUAAUAUUUCUCAUUAUCACCUAUUUAAAACUACGCUACAUGAAAAAGUUGACUUAAACUUCA